AUGUUUAGCUCGCCGCAGAAGAACCAUCUAGUCUUUCGUUACGAUUCAGAGACCCUUCUAGUCGAAUCGUGGGGUCCCAACGCUCUACGCAUAAGAGCAACGCACGAAGCCACCCUGCCAGCCGAAGACUGGGCCUUGACGGAGACUCUGCCGGGAAAUGACAACUCAUCUGUUGAGAUCUCAGAUGCUGAAGCAUCUAUAGUAAAUGGCUCCAUCACAGCCACAAUCUCCAAACUCGGAAAACUGACCAUCACGAAUGGGAAAGGGAAGACACUGCUUGAGGAAUUCAGUCGCAUUCGUUUGGAUGUCACAGAUCCAAAAUGUAGUGCGUUGAAUGUAGAAGCUCGAGAGUUCCAGCCAAGACUCGGAUCAGACUCAUGGCACUUGAGAGCAAGAUUCGAGGCAGAUCCGGAUGAACAGAUUUUUGGUAUGGGACAGUAUCAACAGCCUUUUCUCGACCUCAAGGGAGCAGAUCUCGAGCUUGCACAGCGAAACUCUCAGGCCUCGAUUCCCUUUGCCGUCUCCUCACUGGGCUAUGGCUUCUUGUGGAACAACCCCGCAGUUGGUCGUACCGUAUUUGGCAAGAAUAUUACCACCUUUGAAGCAUAUUCUACACGUGUUCUGGAUUAUUGGAUAGUGGCUGGAGAUUCGCCCGCUGAAAUUGUCCGGGCUUAUGGCAGAGCGGUUGGCACUGUUCCUGAAAUGCCCGAGUAUGGUUUGGGCUUUUGGCAAUGCAAGCUGCGUUACCAGACACAAAAUGAACUUUUGGAGGUCGCAAGAGAGCAUAAGCGUAGGGGGUUGCCCAUGGAUGUUCUUGUUGUCGACUUCUUCCACUGGCCAAAGGAAGGGGAAUGGAAGUUUGACCCAACAUUCUGGCCAGACCCAGAGGCAAUGAUCAAAGAACUCAAGUCCCUCGGCAUUGAACUUAUGGUAUCUAUAUGGCCUACCGUAGAUCGCCGCUCUGAGAAUUACGAAGAGAUGCUCUCAAAAGGUCUCCUCGUCCGUCAAGAUAGAGGCUGGCGCAUUUCCAUGGACUUCGGCACUGGCAAUUGUAUUCACUUCGACCCCACUAACCCUGAGGCUAGAAAGUAUGUAUGGGAUAAAGUCAAAGCGCACUAUUAUGACAAAGGCGUCAAGGUAUUCUGGCUUGACGAGGCAGAGCCUGAGUAUACGAUAUAUGAUUUCGAUAUAUACCGAUACCAUGCAGGCCCCAACUUGAUGGUCGGUAACUCUUACCCGUUGCGAUACUCUCAAGCGUUUUACGAGGGCAUGAAAGAAGCUGGCCAGGACAAGAUUGUUAAUCUUGUUCGAUGCGCGUGGGCAGGCAGCCAGAAGUACGGUGCUUUGCUGUGGUCUGGUGAUGUUGCAAGCUCUUGGUCGAGCUUCCGUAAUCAGCUUGCAGCCGGGUUGAACGCUGGUCUCUCUGGUAUUUCUUGGUGGACAACGGAUAUCGGAGGAUUUCAUGGAGGAGAUCCGAAUGACCCAGCAUUCCGCGAACUUCUCGUUCGUUGGUUUCAAUGGGGGGCUUUCUGUCCAGUCUUUCGUCUGCAUGGUGACCGUGAACCAAAACAACCCGAGCUUGGCAGCAGCGGCGGCAGCUGGUGUUUGUCUGGUGCACCUAACGAAGUCUGGUGCUACGGUGAAGAGGUUUACGAUAUCUGCAAAACAUACCUCGCUCUGCGCGAGAAGCUUCGUGACUAUGUGCGAGAUGUGAUGCGGCAGGCGCAUGUCCACGGUGACCCUGUCAUCCGACCAGUCUUCUAUGACUUCCCUAACGAUCCUCAGGCAUGGAAGUCAACUAAGGAGUACAUGUUUGGCCCUAAGUAUCUUGUGGCUCCUAUUCUCGAACCUGGACAGCGAGAAAGGAAGAUCAAUCUUCCUCGAGAUUCGAAGUGGCGGCAACUGUCAUCACAAGGCAAUGUCGAGAACGAAAUCUUGGAAGGAGGGACCGUUGUGACAAUAGCAGCUCCGUUAGGUUAUAUGCCUGUUCUUGAAAGAAUCUAA